AUGCCUGGAGUUCAGCGCAACACCACCUUCACAAAGACCUUCAUCCGCAAGCCAGGGCACCGCAAUGAUACCUCAAUACCCAUCCAUACAGAAGCACCGCCCCCGCUUCGGCAACCUACUCGCAUCGCGCGCGCAAAGACGCUCACACGCCCCGAGAGGAGUCAGCCACAAGUCCCCUUGAUCAAUCCCUCCAGUGGCGGUCCAGGCUUCUCAGCAGCCGCUCCUUCAAAAGGUGGUUUUUCAUGGUGGACCGUCUUCUCCCUUGUCGUCACAUUCUGGGCUCCCAGUCCACUCCUUCGCACCUGCGGUGGCCUCAAAGAUAGCGCUAGUCGGCAAGCAUGGCGUGAAAAGGUUUCGCUCGUCUUUGUCGCGCUCCUCCUGGGCGCUUUCAUCGGCUUCAUCACCAUGGGCCUCAAUGCCGCGCUCUGUCCGUCAGCCGACAGCAACUCUGCAAAGACCUACAUGCGAAUUGGUACAGGAGGAGCGGUAGUCGGCAUUCAAGGAUGGGCCUUCGAUAUCUCCCAAGCACACCACUUGCCAAGUCCAGAGAGCGCCAACAUCUUCAGGCUCUCCACCAACAAAGCAGGCUCGGACAUCUCGUCGCUCUUUGCCAGGACCUCAACCGCAGACUUCCCUGCAUGUCGAGGCUCCACUGCUGCCUACGCUGCGGAUCCCAUCUGCAUGGCGCUCAACGGCACCGUCCUCACCGACUGCCCACUAGGCACCGUGUCACCCGCUACCUUUGCGACCUACGGCAUGACCAACGAAACAAGACGCGUCGGUUAUGGUUGGGAAGACAUGGAGAGCGGCAACUACACCAACUUCAUGGUGCUCGACGGUGCUGUGCUCAACAUGAACCCCUACUUGAAGGCAAACCCGCAACCCAUUGCUGGAGAUGUGGUCGACCUGGCCAUUCGUGAGCAACUAGCCAGCAGCGGCAUGGGAGGUCGCGAUUCCACCAUGAUGUUCUACACCAACCCAACUGCACGCAAGGCCAUCAAAUGUCUCGUGCAAAAGUAUGACGCGGGUCACAUCGACAAGAUCACACCAGGUUGCUUCAUCUCCAACCUCGUCCUCUACUGCUCGCUUGUGGUCAUUCUGGCCAUCGUUCUCAUCCGCUUCUUCAUGGCCGUCUUCUUCUCUUGGUUCAUGGCCGGCCGAAUGGCCUCGACGCCACGACCCUCUCGACGCCGCAAAGUCGCUCCCAACGUCUUGCCGGAGGGUGCCAUGGUCUCGGUCAACUCGUCCGGCGCAGCGCCCUGGGCCAACAAACAGCGUCCGCCGCCUUCGCAGCCUACACGCCGAAGACGCGACUCGACAGAAUCCGCGACACCGUCCGUGCCCGACAGCCUGUCCGUCCAACACAUCGGCACAGAGCCCUACGUCGUCUGUCUCAUCACUGCAUACUCCGAGAACGAGGAGGGCAUCUCUACAACACUCACCUCGCUCUCCGAGACCGAAUACUCGGACCAGCGCAAGCUGCUUUUCCUCGUCGCUGACGGCAUGGUGACCGGUUCCGGAGAGACCAUGAGCACACCAGACGUCUGUGUCUCGUUGCUCGACGCAGACCCACGAUUCGGCACACCGACCCCGAUGAGCUUUGUCUCGAUCGGGUCAGGCAAGAAGGAGCACAACAUGGCUAUGGUCUACGCAGGGCACUACACCCGCGGCAAGGGCAGACGCACGCCCAUGGUGGUGGUCGUCAAGUGUGGUGCACCCGACGAAGCUGGCGAUUCCAAGCCAGGCAACCGAGGAAAGCGCGACUCGCAGAUGAUCCUCAUGAACUUCUUCCAGCGCGUCACCUACAACGAUCGCAUGACGCCGCUCGACUACGACCUCUUCCGCAAGGUGCACACGCUCAUGGGCGUCACGCCCGACUUCUUCGAGCUUUGCCUCAUGGUCGACGCCGACACGAUGGUGUACCCCAAGUCAAUGAAGACGCUGGCCAACUGCAUGAUGGGCGACCCCCUCAUCAUGGGUGCGUGCGGAGAGACGCGUAUCGCCAACAAGACGCAGACGUGGGUUACUAUGAUUCAGGUGUACGAGUACUUCAUCUCGCACCACCAGGCGAAAGCGUUCGAGUCGGUCUUCGGAGGUGUCACCUGUCUGCCCGGAUGUUUCUCCAUGUACCGCAUCAAGGCUAGGAAGCAGACCGACGACGACUGGGUGCCUAUCAUUGUCAAACCCGAGGUGACGCGCGAGUACAGCCAGAGCGUGGUCACCACGCUGCACCAGAAGAACUUGCUCUUGCUCGGAGAGGAUCGUUUCCUGACCACGACACUGCUGCGAACCUUCCCCAACCGCAAGAUGGUCUUCUGUCCCGAGGCGCGCUGCAAAACCGAGGUGCCGCACACGUUCAAGAUGCUGCUCUCGCAACGACGACGAUGGAUCAACUCGACGAUUCACAAUCUGAUGGAGCUGGUGCUCGUUCGCGAUCUCUGUGGCACCUUCUGCUUCUCGAUGCAGUUUGUCGUGUUCAUGGACCUGCUCGGUACGCUGGUGCUGCCCGUCUCGAUCGCCUUGACCUACACGCUGGUGGUCACGUACUGUCUCAACCCGCCCCAUUCGUUCACGGAAGCCAUUCCGCUAAUGCUGCUAGUAGCCGUCAUCGGUAUGCCCGCGCUGCUGAUCCUGCUGGCGACACGAAAGGUGGUGUACGUGCUGUGGAUGUUGAUCUACCUCAUCGCGCUGCCCGUGUGGAACUUUGUCCUGCCCGUCUACUCGUUCUGGCACUUUGACGACUUUUCGUGGGGCGAGACGCGUAAAGUCGAGGGGGAAGCCAAGCAGAUGGGCCACGGCGACGAAGGUGGAGCCGCCACCGGCAGUGCGGUGCCGCUUCGACGCUGGGAGGACUGGGAGCGAUCGCGUCUGCGCAAGAGGAAGCGCGAGGAGAAGCGACGUCGCGAACUCGAGCGCCAAUUCGGUUCCGGCUUCCACAACGACGAGUUUGACGGCGAUGGAGACCGCAAGCUGCCCGGCAUGCCGCUGUCGAGACGCGAGAGCGACACGUUCAGCGAUUCGGUCACCAUCAAUAGCGACUUUGACGACGACAAGUGGGGCAACCAGAUUGGCGGGUAUGACGAGUCGCUGCCGCCGCCGGUGCAGAUCGUGCGCCACUCGGUGUGGGUCGGCGAUCAAGAGGUGGUGAUCGACACGGAGGACAUGGAGAAGAUGCUCGAGACGGGGUGGGACGACAAGGCGUUCCGCACCAAGAACAUGGGCAAGCCGGGAGCGCAACAACCGCAGUACCCGUCAGCGGUGAAUCGCAACCGCAUCUCGCAGAUGGGCAUGUUCCCUGCCAACCGGGACGCUCCAGCUGUGCCCGACAUUCCUGCUCGGUACAGUCGAUAUGUUGGCGGCGGUGGACACGGAAGUAACGGGCAUAGCAACGGCAGCUACGAGCCAGGCAGCUACGAGAUGGAGCGCACACCUAGCCCGGGAGAGUAUGCGAGUCUGAUGCGCGGUGGUGCACCGUCACCUUCCUCGCCUGGAUUCGGUCCUACGCAGCCUUACGGCCACUCAUCCGCGGUGCAAGGAGGCGGGACUGCAGGCUCGCACGCGCGUCAGCGAUCCGGAGGUGGAGUGCUGGAUGAACCUCUCCUGCCGCCACGACAGAACGGCAACUCGCUUCCACGCAAUGGUGGCCCUCCCGCACCUCGCUCUGGUCCGCCUGGUCCACCCGGCCCCGGUCGAAGCUACCACGACCGAUUCGGUUGA